AUGCCGUACCGCAUCGAGUACGCAUCGUCGGGUAGGUCUGCCUGUAAUGGAGCGUUUCCGUGUGGGAGCAAGUUCAAGAUAGGGAAGGGCGAGAUGCGCAUUGGCGCUUUAGUCACCAAUCAAGACAGACAGUGGUUCAAGUAUCGCCACUGGUGGUGCUGCACUCAAGCAGUCUUCAAGAACAUCAAGAAGGAGAUCGGUGAUGACCCUGCCGACCUGGACGGCUGGGAAGAGCUCAGGGAAGAAGACCAGGACAAAUUUGCUGAAGCCUUUCAGGAUGAGGCGGUCGAUCGCGAAGAAGUACCAGCAGACCUGCGCCUUCAAUGGGACAGGGAGACCAAGUUGAAGGCCAAAGAAGACAGGGCGAAGGCGAGGCAGAAGAAGAGGGAGAAGAAGAUGGCCGAGUGCGAGAAGAAGGGUGUGGACUACGUCUCUAGCGAGAACGAGAGCGAGAGCGAGGAGGAGGAGGAGGAAGAGGCCCCUGUAAAGGAAGAGGCAGAGUCAAGUCAGACUCCCAACAAGAAGAAGGCCCCGGUCAAGAAAGCGCCAGCAAAGAAGGCGCCCGCGAAGCGAGGGCGCAAGUCAAAGGCAAAGAUUGAGUCCGAAGAAGAAGAAGACUCGGAAAUCUCUGAGGAAGAAGAGGAAGACGUCGACCUCGAAAAGGAGAUGGAGGAAGAAAUGGCGGCGGAAGAUUCAGAGGAGGAAGUCAAACCCAGAGGAAAGAAGAGAGGCAGACCUUCGAUGUCUAAGCGAAACGCUCCACCUGCCAGAAAGGCGCGCAAGCCCCCUGUCAAGGAGGAGUCCAGUGGCCUCAGUGAAACCGAGGACGACGAAGACGAAGAGGCUGAAGAAGUCAUGCCGGCGAAGAAAAACAGGCGGGCCAUCAAAGCAGAGGUACCCAAUGAGGUCAAGCCUGCUCCAGCUUCUCGACCGGUCAAAAGUGGAAAUGAUGUAGACAAGGAAGACGGAGCUGCAGCUGCUCAGCCUCGCAAGAGAGGCAGGCCCAAGAAGUCGGACGCUGUAGCGGCUACUGCGCCCAAUGGCACCGAGAAUGGAUCGAAUGGCAAGCAGCGAGCCAAGAAGGUCAAAACGGAAGACUCAGAAGAGGCUCCAGCUCCUCCGUCAGGCCGCAAGUCCGGCCGAGGCAGAGUCAAGAAUGAGCCUACUGAGUAG